AUGGAUACAUCUGUAGUUUCAAAACAAGAAUCUAUUUCUAUAGGAGAACAUUUUUUUGUAACAGAAAGACAUCUUGAUCAGGGAAAAAAAAAUUUAAAACUAAAAACAGAAAAUUUUUUUCGACGUGGUGGAAAACUUUCAAAGGAUGAUGGUAUCACAUAUUCUGUAUUUUUACCAAUUUACAAAAUGUGGUUAGAAUAUUUUAAUAAUGUUAUGCGUAGUGGUAAUUGUAAGAUGGAUGAACGGUUACUUAAAAUAGAUUAUCAUGGAUGUUUAUUGUUGGUUACUCAUGCUAAUAAUAAAUGUAAUGUUGGUGUAAAUGGGUUUGUUGUUCAUGAAUCAAGGCAAACAUUUCAAUUAGUAACAAAAGAAAAUAAAAUUAAGACAAUACCCAAAAAGGAUACUAUUUUUCAAUUUGUUGUAAAUAAUAAAAUAUACAUUUUAUUUGGUAAUGGAAUUCAACUAAAAAGUUUUAUUAGAGGUAGAAAACCUAAAUCAAUUGGUCAAAUACCUUUUUUAAUAUGUUAA